UCAUCUUCUCCACAUUCUCAACCCCCCUUUACAGAAAAAACCUUCACAUUUGAAGCAGAGAUGGCCGCAUUUACAUCUUCAUCAUCGUCUCUAAUUUCCCCAAAUUUCCUGCAAAACCCUAAUAAACUCUUCAAAACUCGUCUCCCAAACCUCCACCUCCACCCCCACAAACCUCAAUUCGCUCCUCUGAGAUUCGCCCGCUCGUCAAACCCCAGCAGGCUCAACGCCGUCGCCGAGGACGCAACACAAGUCACGGCGGACCCUUCCUCCGCCGCCGCUAGAAGAGUGUACAUCGGCAACAUUCCCCGCACCGUCACCAACGACGAGCUCCAGAAAAUCGCCGAAGAGCACGGCGCCGUCGAGAAGGCCGAGGUUAUGUAUGAUAAGUACUCUGGAAGGAGCAGACGAUUUGCUUUCGUCACCACAAAAACCGUCGAGGAUGCAAAUGCAAUUGUCGAAAAGCUAAAUGGCACAGAAAUUGGAGGACGUGAAAUAAAAGUAAAUGUAACGGAAAAGCCGUUGGUUGGGUCUUCAGAUUUGCCAGUUCAAGCUGACGAUUCGCAAUUUGUGGACAGUCCGUACAAGGUUUACGUGGGAAACCUUGCAAAGACUGUAACUACCGACAUCCUUAAAAACUUCUUUGCAGAAAAGGGAAAAGCUCUUGGUGCAAGGGUAUCUCGUGUUCCUGGUACGUCAAAAUCGACCGGUUAUGGCUUUGUUACGUUUUCUUCGGAAGAGGAUGUGGAAGCUGCCAUAUCGUCUCUAAAUAAUGCCGUGCUAGAGGGCCAGAAGAUUCGUGUUAAUAAGGCGUAGAAUAAAGUAAGACGCUUUAUUUGAAUUCCGGUGAACAAAGUGGAACUGGAAAUCCUAACAAGUUUUGAAGGUCAUGUCUUAGUUGCAUUUAAUAGAUCGGUGUAUUACACGUUUAUAACUCACUGAGAUUCAUGUAAUUUUAAUUUAUUUUUCCUAGUACAAAUCUAUAAAAUUGCUUUUAUUACA